AGCAGAGUUGGACAUGUUCUGCUUAGACCUGGACACCUGGACCUGGACCAAACUUGACAUCUCCUCAGCUUUUGCACCUCUUGGUCGCUCUUGGCAUACCAUGACACCCACGUCAGAUCACACGCUGUUCAUGUACGGAGGUUUUGGCACAAAUGGAGAUACUUUAAAUGAUGCCUGGCAGUUUAACACACAAACAAGAGAGUGGACCAAGAUGAUACACCCCCACAAAGACAAGCCCAGAGUUUUCCAUACGGCGUGCCUGGGGAGGGAUAGUGAUGUCGUGGUGUUUGGGGGAAGCAGGAACCUCUGCAUCGUCAUGGACUCGAUGGUUAUUUUGAGGCUUCCAUCACCACAUCACUGCAGAGACGUACUCAUCUUUCAGACUCAGCCUUACUCCCUCUCCAGGUUAUGUGAGGAUGUCAUUGGUCGAAACUCAGAGCUGCUCAGGAUGCAGCUCAGCUGGCUGCCAUCGAAGCUACAAAGGACACUUGAGAAGAGAAUGAGCUUUUUUUCUGCCAGUUCUUAAAACUUAAAGAGGACUAUGUUUAGACUAGACACCAAGAUUCUGAGUAAGUCUGUCACUGAAAUGUCUUCAUUUAUAAGUUGGGAAUAUGUAUUUAUACUUUAAAAAAAUGGUGCUAAAGAUACUUUUUAACUUAAUUUGUAAAUGAAGCCUUUUUUAUUUUGGGUAAAAUAUUAUUCCGUUUUGUGGUUUCAUGUUGUGCUGUCUGUUUAAUGUUUAGAAAUCGUCUGUGAAAUAGUAAUAAAAGGUAUUGAUGUAACA